AUGCCAGCCGAUCUCGUCUCCAUUGCUGCUCUGGCCACAAAUCUGGGCUCCCUCACAGCCGAUAUUCUAUCCUUGAAGUUCCUCACGAAAUCCGAAGACGUUAGAGAGACAUUCUCCAAGAUACGAGGCGAUCUUACGACCAUUACGGACACUCUAGAAGCAAACAUAGCUAUCCUGGAUAGGAAGGAUGCUCAACGGUUCAAGAGGGACGCGAAAGACUUGCUCGAAGAUCAUAGGCAUCCUUACGACAGAAACGAAAAGCGCCGUGUUGAAGCGACGGGAAGAAGGCGAAAGGAAUUGAAGGAAAGUAUCCGGCAACAGCUAAAGGCCAUCCGCGAGUCAACCGACGGGCUUCUAUCAGAUGUCCUGGAUGCAUCAAAUUUAGCAAAGCUGAAGCAACUGUCCGACUUGCACAACUUGUCGGCGGUUGCUCUCUCUUUGAUAUCCAUGGACAUCACUGAAGAUCCCUUCGACGGCUAG